AAUUUAUCUCGUUUUCAUUUGAGCCCUCCCCAAAAGUGGAACCCCUAGUCUGCGGUGUCCGUGUAAGCGUUUCGGAUCUGCGAGUUCUUCUGAGUCGCACUUCGUGGAGAUCGCGAAGAGAGAAGGAACCCUAACCGCGGAUCGAUCGAUCCCGAUUUUGAAAAUAAUUCAAAUGAAAAACUGAAGGGGUAUCAAUUGAGAAAAAUAACGUUGGAGGGCCUACUUCAAAUUGACCCUGUAAUUGAAAAGGAAAAUGGCAGGAGGCUUCAGAGUACUUCAUCUUGUUAGGCCUUUUUUGGCAUUCUUGCCUGAAGUUCAGAGUGCUGAUCGGAAAAUUCCAUUCAGGGAAAAAGUGAUCUACACAGUGAUCUCGCUUUUCAUCUUCCUUGUAUGCAGUCAACUUCCCCUGUAUGGCAUCCACUCCACUACUGGGGCUGACCCUUUUUACUGGAUGCGUGUUAUUCUUGCUUCAAACCGUGGAACUGUGAUGGAGCUAGGGAUCACUCCAAUCGUGACAUCUGGUAUGGUGAUGCAAUUGUUAGUAGGGUCGAAGAUCAUUGAAGUUGAUAACAGUGUGAGAGAGGAUCGUGCGCUUUUAAAUGGUGCACAGAAAUUGCUUGGAAUUCUGAUUGCUAUUGGGGAAGCAGUUGCCUAUGUUUUAUCUGGGAUGUAUGGUAGUGUCAGCCAACUGGGAACCGGCAAUGCUAUUCUCAUAAUACUGCAACUUUUCUUUGCUGGCAUUAUUGUCAUUUGCUUGGAUGAACUCCUCCAGAAAGGAUAUGGUCUUGGGUCUGGCAUCUCUCUAUUCAUUGCUACCAAUAUCUGUGAGAAUAUUAUUUGGAAGGCAUUUAGCCCCACAACCAUAAAUAGCGGUCGUGGCGCUGAAUUUGAGGGUGCAGUUAUCGCCCUAUUCCAUCUUUUGAUCACUCGCACAGACAAAGUUCGAGCCCUUCGUGAAGCGUUUUACCGCCAAAAUCUCCCCAAUGUGACCAACUUGCUUGCAACUGUCUUAGUUUUCCUUAUUGUUAUCUAUUUCCAAGGGUUCCGUGUAGUACUUCCUGUUAGAUCCAAAAAUGCUCGAGGGCAACAAGGCUCUUACCCCAUUAAGCUAUUUUAUACUUCCAAUAUGCCCAUCAUUCUACAGUCUGCCUUGGUUUCAAACCUCUACUUCAUCUCCCAGUUAUUAUACAGGAAAUAUAGUGGAAAUUUCCUUGUAAAUCUACUGGGCAAGUGGAAGGAAUCCGAGUACUCUGGUCAGUCUGUUCCUGUUGGUGGCAUCGCUUACUAUAUUACAGCACCGUCAAGCUUGGCAGAUAUGGCUGCAGAUCCAUUUCACGCACUUUUCUACAUAGUUUUUAUGCUCUCAGCAUGUGCGCUUUUUUCAAAGACUUGGAUAGAAGUUUCUGGAUCAUCAGCAAGAGAUGUGGCCAAGCAGCUUAAGGAACAACAAAUGGUGAUGCCUGGACACCGCGAGUCGAACUUGCAGAAGGAACUGAACCGAUACAUCCCUACUGCUGCAGCCUUUGGCGGAAUGUGCAUUGGCGCAUUGACUGUCUUAGCUGAUUUCAUGGGGGCGAUCGGUUCCGGGACCGGUAUUCUUCUUGCAGUGACGAUUAUCUAUCAGUAUUUCGAGACCUUCGAGAAGGAGAGAGCCAGUGAGCUUGGUUUCUUUGGCCUUUGAAUUCCAAAGAUUUAGGCACUAAAAAAGAAAAAUUCGGAGAAUGUGUGAGAGAGAGAGAAUGGUAACCCGUAAGAUUUAUGAUUAGUUACUCUUUUUGAUGAAGAGUUUUUAAUGUUGUGAAUUGUCUGUUAUAUUACAGUUGGAUUUUAAUUUAGUCGGAUUAUAGUGUAGCCCCUAGUAACAUGCAAGGUGGACUAACCCCUAGUUUGACCGCAUUAUUGUUUACCUUCAGACUGAUGUUUUGCGAUUUCGUUUUUCUUGAUACUUGGAAGCGACAAGCCCUUUUUGAUUCAUUAUCGUGCCCUCACUUCAUAA